CCGGGGAAACCCUCUGUGCGCGGCGGGGGUGAGGGAGCGGAUCCCGGGGAAACCCUCUGUGCGCGGCGGGGGUGAGGGAGCGGAUCCCGGGGAAACCCUCUGUGCGCGGCGGGGGUGAGGGAGCGGAUCCCGGGCAAACCCUCUGUGUGCGGCGGGGUGUGAUCCAGAGUAGGGGUUGCUCUUGCCAACUCUUCAGCGUUUGUGAGGGAGCCGGGAAGAUGGUGAAUGUUCUGAAAGGUGUUCUGGUUGAAUGUGACCCUGCAAUGAAGCAGUUUCUGCUCUACUUGGAUGAGUCAAAUGCUUUGGGAAAGAAGUUCAUCAUACAAGACCUGGAUGAAACUCAUGUCUUUGUAUUAGCUGAGUUGGUCAACUUUCUCCAGGAGAGAGUGGGCGAGUUAAUGGACCAGAACUCCUUUCCUAUUACUCAGAAGUGAGAAAAGCCAGAGAAAUGAGAUUACUGCAAGUUUUGGAACCGUGAAUUUCAAUAGUUUGGGUUGUUUCUGUUUUAAUAGAUAACACUGUGGCAUGUAAGUUCUACAUAGAAGUGGCUACUAUAGAAAAUGCAUCAUUUUCAUAGACAAAAUAGUCUGGAAUUGGAUUUUGUUUCUCAUUUUGAAAGAAUGUGGUAUCUUUAUUAAAAGACUUAAAAUUA